GCAGAGGGUGCUGCGCGCCUCCCCUAACCGAAACUUCGCGUCGAUAUACAAACGGUACCUCCACCGCGUCUCAUUACAGAAAGGUCAAACCGUAAACGUUGUAGAACAAGAAUACGCUAAAUAAUCUCAGUUUAUGCAGCUUUAUUCUGUUUUAUGUUAAUAAUCCGGACUUUGUACGGAAGUUUGUGAAAGCCAUGUGAAUCACUCUACCAACUCUGCUACGAACAUCGCUUUUGAUUAAGAAAAGGAGGAGCCUAGGAUCGAAAAUGCCCAUAAUUCAAUCAUGCUGCUGUUGGCGAAGCCUCCGCAAAGGCUGCUACGCUGCCGCCUUCUACACUAUGGCAUACUUCUCCGUGACCAUAGUGACGAUGGGCCACUUCAUCGAGGUGGAGCAGCGGUACCUCAGUGGAGCCAUGACCGAGCCCGAGUCCGAGAGCUUUCUGGAACCUGAGAAGAUAACGCCUAACACACAAAUGGAUGAAGAUGACCCUUGGGAUUAUAUAUUUACCGUUUCGCUAAACAUAACACUGCUUGCAUGCAGUACGUUGGGUCUCAUCGCAUGCGUGUUGCUGGUGUUUGGCGUUUAUAAGGACAUUAAGUUCAUGCUGCUACCAUGGAUAUUCUCUAUGGGCUUGGAGACGUUAGUAGAAGUCGUCAACCUCGUCUACCUGUUCUACUUACAGACGCUCAACUUCAAUCCAAUAACAUCGUUUUUGUUCACACUGGACUUUUUCAUCAUCGUUUUAAAUAUCUAUGCAAUGGUGUGCGUGAUUUCGCAGUUUCAAGAAUAUCUUGAAGGGCGGGGAACUGCUGCAUUUGACUAUUCCGAUAGAUUAGCGGUGGUACAAUACACUGCCACAGCCCAACACACCACCACCACAAGCUCCGCGCCGAGUGGCCGCCGCCGCUCCGCUCCGCGCCCGCUGCCCAGCCGAGUCGAUCCUGAGGACUUCUCCCAAGCACCCAGCAGAGCUAUACCUUCCAUGCUCUCAAAAGCAAGAAGUUCUGCAGUUAAAAAGCACGUAAAGUUUCCUGACGAGCAAAGCUGCAUCGAAGAGGCGACUGAGGCGGCUGGCAAUGAGCAGAAAGCGGAUUCUCGUGUAAUCAGUUCGCUAUGGAUGGAGCUAGAGACAGAGACCCGAGUGCCGGAGCGCUGACGGCGUCGAAGCGAGCAGUAUUACCGGCCAGUGACGCGCGCUCGCAUCGAGCGGCGCAAGAUGUCCGCCGCUGGAAUACCGCCCGCUGACCACACCAAGGAAUCCUAUCAGUAAGUCCUAUUCGUAAGCGUGUCAACCCUAUAUCUGUAAACGUCUUCACCCUAUCUGUUAGCGAAAUAGUCUCUCUCCUCCUUAAAAGCAUCAUAGAUGCUAUUGUCCUUUGCUUACGCAUUCAUAUUCAAAUAAGAGUGCAUUACAGUCCAGGCCUGAAAUAAAGCGAUUACUGGCUGAGGCGAAGCCGAGGAAGUGAUAUUGAACAAUAAAAAAAAAUAUAUAAAAUAUAAAAAUAAAAUAAAUAACAUAUAGGUAAAAAAAAACAACUUCGUCAUCAGUAUGACACUGUCCAGCAAUUUCCAUUACAGACCUCUUGGGAAGUCCUCUAUAAUGAAAUCCUUUCUUUAGUAAAUUGCAGUUUAGGAGAAAGUGAAUCGUCUUCCAAAAAGGAGUUUCCGAAUUGGCGCGUUUUGGCUUUAUAUUCUGUGUAUAGAAGUACACCGAUUUUUCCAAGGUUUCUGGAUGGUCGACCUAUUUGCAAAAAAAUUUUUUAUUCGAUAGAGAAUUUUAGGGCAAUAGUAUCAUAGUUUUUUUGGAUCCAAAUCUUUAAUACUGAUGCUGCAGAGUUACUGCCUACUGUUGAAGAUGAAUUAAUAUUGUAGCAACAAAACGAGUUAAUGUAGACCCAAUGUUUUUUUCGUAUUAUUGAAUACAAAAAUUAACGUGGGUAAAAAUUACACUUGUUUCGUUACUCUCAAAUUCUCACAAUAGGCCUGGUUUAAAAUCACUAAUGACAAAUCAACAAACAAUUUUCGCAUUUAUAGGUAGACCUAUAAAUGCGAAAGUGUGUUUUUGUUCAUUUGGCCUUCAAUCACGUCAACGGAGUAAUGGAUAGACGUGAUUUUUUGAAUUAUAGUUGUAAGACUUGGAGAGUGCAAUUUUUUUCUCUAUCGAAUAAAGAAAAACAUACAGAAAUACAAAUACUUAGCGCCGAAUUGAGAACCUGCUCCUUUUCGGAUGUCGGUUAAAAAUAUUUUUGAUGUAUUCCUAUCAUUUGGGACAA